CCACAUGUCACAGUGAUUCAAAUACCAAAAGACGCAAUUGCAGCCCUGGUCGAGAUCCGGCGAGCUUCGUCGGGUUUCGUCCAUUUCUCAUCGGAGCUUUCUCAUCUUCAAUUUAAUUUUUUAGCCAAAUAAUAUGAAGGGAACUUGCACUCUUGUGGCUUCUGUCCUGGCAGCCUCCACCGUGGCUUUCUCUGCCGGUGACAGCGACGUGGCUUUUCAUCCUUCCUCCAAUCAGGGAUCAUCUAGUUCUGUAAUGGGGAAGCUUGGCGCAUCAAAUGCUUGUGCACCGUCCUCAGACAAGGAGAAAUUCGCGCCACGAUUUGAUGGUUUGAGGUUCAUUGAAACCCUAAUUACGGCUCAUCGGUGAAGUAAUACUGUUGUCUAUCUUUUAUUUUUCCCAUUUAAUCUUCUGUUUUUGUAGAAUUUGUUGAGGCAAACCCAAUUGGUUAAGAUGUGAUUAAAGAGAAAGAGAGCAUUUUGUUGUUAAUUUUUUGUGUCAUUAUUAUUGUAGUUCGGCUUUUCCGUGUUCAUACAUUUUGGUGGGUUGUAAGUUGUAACCAAAAACAGUUUCUUUGUUAUUAUUUUUUUUAAAUAAUAAUAAUUUUGUCAA